UCAAUACGUGAAGUUGGUGUUGGGGUUUGGGAGCCCGAGGCCAUCCUGUGGAGAAGCACGCACCCGCGUUUGCUCGAUGCAACGGCACACAUGCACGUAUGUCUUCGUACCUUCACAAUGCCGUGCAUGACGGUCAGCAUCAGGUACGUCACACUUCCGCCUCCGGUCGGAGCGUCGGGCACUAUCACAGCCUCAUAGAGAGUGUCAUUGCCAACAGCCGCCCUGUCAGUAUACACACAGGUGAGCGUCGGCUCGUCACCGUGGUAUGCACAUGAUGAUGUCUCUGUGUGAUCGUGCCUGAUGUCGGUGAGAGUGCCGUUGGUGACGAAGGACUCGGUGGCCGGCGCGAAGCCCGCCGACACGCUCCCGCCAAAUGAGAUACUGAGAGUGAUUGGGGUGGUGUAAUAGCUCGGAGGCGGGUCGACGAUUGACGGCGCGGGCACUGUGUGUAAGAAUAUACCCAUCCGUAUGUGUAUUUGUAUACGUUGACCUAUGUGUGGCUGUGCAUUUCUCAGGGGGAUACCUGACUUGUGGUAGCACGUGCGUUUUCCUGGUGCGGCGGCGUCGUACGAGUCGAUCAAGCCAUAGAGGAUCCGACACUCGGGCUCUUCCGGCUUCCCUGUGUGCUCAAUCGCGGUGCAACGCCUGCAUACACACGUGAAGCACACAUCAAGGUCAGUCAGUCGGUCAGCGCGGAUUAUACUCGCCGCACACUCACCUGUCCAGAAGGCACUCCACCGAGCAAAUAUAUCUUCUCUCCCAAUCGCCGGUGUUGCUGUUCCAGUCAAGCUCGGUCAGAUUGGCGAUGCGGUAGAGUGUCUCCUGGCCGCCACUCCGACAACCACCACUGUUCUUAAACGCUAAAGACAUCCAUCAACAUUCAUAUACGGUGUGAGAUCGAUCGAUCGACCGAUCGAUCGCCAGUACGUAUUGUCGUACCUCCUCCUUGCCGAACGAUGCAGAGCGUGGUGGUGGAGUCCUGUGUGGGAGGGAUCUUGGCCCAGCUAUGGUGAAUUCUGCAAUGCCGCGUGCUGUCAAUCUGCAGCCGACAUGGACGUGCCCACGUAUGGCAUGCAGGAAGAGAUACAGACAUGUGUGAGAAAGCCUCACGUUGAGCUGGAAUCCUGUACAGACAGGAUGCGCGCUGCAAAGCAAAUCAGACGUCACAGGUUCACCCACACCAAGCGGCACGUGCCUCGUUUGCCUGUCUUCAAAAGCUGCUUACAGACACAGUUCUCCACAUUCCAUCUUCCUGGCCUCGGUGUCGCCCUCAGGGAUGCUCGUGCUCAGCGUAUAGUCAUGGAGCGGAAGAGUGUCCGUGUACCUGUGUACAACACGUACAACACAGAGAUGUACGUACGUGUACACGUACGCACGCACGCGUAGGAUACGUAUAUAUUUAUGUACUCAAAGAAUCUGCCCUGGCUGGGGCAGCUGCCUUCGCAAAUGCAAUCGGACGUCACAUCGGGCUCUCCACCAACGCGCGACAUACAGGAAAACAGCCACUCAUUGAAACCGACACAACUGGUGCGCUUCUGCUCACUGAAUUCAUCUGUCCACUCUGCAGCAUCGCCUGCAGAAAACACAGGAGACAACACAUGCUCAGCUGUCGCCAUCUGCAGUGCAAAUGUGUGCAUCCCCCACCUGUCCACAAAAGCAACUUCAACGAAAGGACAAGCAAAGCACGAGCAAUGGGCACCGUCGUGAUGAUCCCUUUGCGGCCGUGCAUCGUUGCCCGUGCUCCCCCCUCCUCAGCUGCCUUUGCAGACAAGAAAACACGUGUUGUCGGCUGCACUGUUUGCAGCCGCCCUGUUUUCACCG